CAUAAGUCGUAACCCCGAAAAACAGUUCAGACGAUGAGCUUCAGUCGUGCAGCUGCAUGCCGUGCCAUCUCAAUAUUUCGUUGCCCCGUUCUCUCGCGGCAAACUCGGAGCACACUUAGACUCCGGCGCCGAUCUUGAUUGAGCUCUAUGGGUUGCAGUGGAAAGGAAAAACAUACCCGAGCAAAUCGAAAAUCUCAAUCGGUUAAGCCAGACAACUGCUGUCUUCGCAGAUUUUCAAUCUCUAAAUCUAUCAUGGAAUCAGGCCUCAUGCCGCUGAAAUACCAUUUGGAUCUCGACGAUUCCACUCAAAACCCGAAUCCCGAUUCACACCCUAACAUCAAACCUGCUCCUAAUGGCGAGGAAUGCGGCUGGGGUUACUGCACAGAAGAACACUUGGAAGAAAUUCUAUUGAAAAACUUGGAGUAUUUAUACAACGAAGCUGUAUCAAAGCUUGUUAUUUUGGGGUAUAACGAGGACGCUGCUUUAAAGGCGGUAUUGCGAAACGGGCAUUGUUAUCAUGGUGGAACGGAUUUGCUGACAAAUAUAUUGAACAACUCGUUGGCUUAUUUAAAUAGUGAUAGUGGGAGUGAUAGUACAAGGAAAGGCAAUUUGGAUGAAUCAGAGCCUGUCUUCUCAGACUUGAGGCAGUUGGAGGAGUACUCUCUAGCGGUCAUGGUCUGUCUCUUGCAGCAUUUAAGGCCGCAUUUGAGUAAAGGAGAUGCCAUGUGGUGUUUACUUAUGAGUGAUCUUCAUGUGGGAAAGGCAAACAAAAUGGAAAUCCCCGUGCUUCCUGAGCCAGGCGACGGUAAUCCUUCUUCUACUACAGUUGAAACGGUUAACAAGUCAGUACAUGUGAUGAGUAUGACCCCAGCUCUUUGUAGGCUUCAUGGGAGUUGGGCAUUUGCAAAUAGCGGUGAGUCUGAUUUCCCUGCCAAUGGAUUAUUUUCUUGCGAUGCAGACAUGACUUUACAAAGAGAUAUUGAAUUCCCAAAGAAUUUUAAUCUCUCUCCUUCUAUGAAGUCAUUGCUGAAAAGAAAUGUGGCUGUUUUUGCUGCCUGUUUAAGGGCAAACUCAAAACAAUUGCAGACACAAGCAAAAACACGUCCUGGCGAUAGUUAUUCAUCUAUUUCGGAUUCUCCUCCUAUACUGGGGACUAAACCUCCAGUUGAGGAGUCGGGGGAUUCCCAGAAUCAAAAUAACCAAGAUGCUGUGAAUUCAGUUCUGAGUAGAUUUUGUGAUCUAAGUUUUCACGAAAAUGUGGAGUCUCUGGCAAAAGAUCGGAAGGAUGAGUUGACUUCCACUAUACUUCAUCAGAUUUAUGAUCUUGAGAAACAGGUACAGGAGCGAAAAGAUUGGGCUCAUCUGAAGGCAAUGCAAGCUGCAAGAAAGCUAAGCAGUGAUCUGACUGAGCUGAAAAUGUUAAGGAUGGAAAGAGAAGAGAAACUGAAGAGGCUUCCGAGUUUGGCUUGGCAAACCAUGUGGAAGGUGGGACGCGAAGACCCCAGAAGGGCGAUCCAUGCUUUAAAAGUGGGCUUGUCUCUAACUCUUGUUUCUCUGCUGUAUCUGGUGGAGCCACUGUUCAAAGGGAUUGGAAAGAAUGCUAUUUGGGCUGUAAUGACCGUGGUUGUCGUGCUUGAGUUCACAGCAGGGGCAACAUUAUGCAAAGGUCUGAACAGAGGACUUGGAACCAUUUUAGCAGGAUUAUUAGCUUUCCUUAUUCAGUAUAUUGCAAAAUCAUCUGGCCAUGUCUUUCAAGCUAUUUCCAUUGGAGCUGCUGUUUUUCUAACAGGAGCUGCAGCUACUUACAUGAGGUUCUUUCCCUACAUAAAGAAGAACUAUGACUAUGGCGCAGUGAUAUUUCUCUUGACCUUUAAUCUGAUAACUGUGUCGAGCUACCGAGUUGACAAUGUAUUGACCAUUGCACACGAUCGCUUGGUCACCAUAGUCGUAGGCUGUGGCAUCUGCCUCCUCAUGAGUCUUCUGAUAUUUCCAAAUUGGUCAGGGGAAGACCUUCAUAACUCCACGGUUUUCAAGCUCGAAGGCCUAGCCAAUUCUAUAGAAGCGUGUGUCAAUGAAUACUUCCAUGGUGAAACGGAAGCGAGCGAAGACAUGAAAUCAUCCGAGGAUCCUAUUUACGAAGGUUAUAAGGCCGUUCUGGACUCAAAAUCCACUGAUGAAACACUGGCAUUGCAUGCAAGUUGGGAGCCGAGGCAUUCAAGGUAUUGUCACCGAUUCCCAUAUAAGCAGUAUGUAAAAGUUGGAGCUGUUCUUCGUCAAUUUGGGUACACCGUGGUUGCAUUGCACGGCUGUCUAAGAACUGAAAUUCAGACGCCACGAUCUGUUCGAGCCCUGUUCAAGGAUCCCUGCAUACGGCUUGCCGCAGAGGUAUCUAAAGUACUGAUAGAACUAGCCAACAGCAUAAGGAAUCGUCGUCAUUGCUCUCCGGAAAUUCUCUCUGAUCAUCUUCAUGAAGCCUUGCAAGACCUCAACACUGCCAUAAAAUCUCAGCCUCGUCUCUUUUUGGGAUCCAAUGAUAGUCGAGCUACCAACAUGUUUGCUAUUGCUGCAGCACAGGCAGGGCAGAAAAUGCAGAAACUCAAUAAUGGAGUUUCACUAUCAAGUGUUAAAACAGACUCUUCGGCAUUGCUGGAGUGGAAAACUAAAAGGGUUUCUGCUGAGCAAUCAAAGGACGCAGAGAGAAAGACUUUAAGACCCCAACUUAGUAAAAUCGCGAUCACUAGCCUUGAGUUUUCUGAAGCUCUUCCUUUUGCUGCUUUUGCUUCAUUGCUUGUGGAGACAGUUGCAAAGCUGGACUUUGUCAUUGAGGAAGUUGAAGAACUUGGAAGAUUAGCUUGCUUCAAAGAGUUCAGACCCGAUGAUGAGGUUGUUGUAACUUGCGAGAAAUCCCGUGUUGAUGUGACUCAAAACCAUUUAACUUCUCACGGGGUAGAUUGAUUUACAGAGUUCUUUGGAACUGUAUUCUUUCAUGAAUAAGAAACUAAGGGUGUUUUAUUA